AUGCCCACCCCCGGCGGUGUGCCAGACAUGACGCGUAUGUCGUUGCGCGGCUCUUUGCGGGGCGGCCACGGCUACGCCCCCUCCACCGGCGGCGGCGGCGGUCACAGCAGGCGUGAGAGCGCCACCCUGCCGUUUAUUGCCCCCACCUCCAAUUAUGCCCGCGAGAUGGCCAACGUGGCGAAUCCCGUGAACGCCCGCGUGUCGGAGGGGAACACAAAGGCGGAGUUGCUGCAGGUGAUUGAGCAGCAGCGGCGGGAGAUGCAGGUGCGGACCGAUGGUGUGAACGCCAUUCAGCGCAAUUUUGAGCGUCUGAGUGAAAUGUACCGCAACGACCGUGCCGAAUUGGAGCAGUUGCGGGAGGAGGUGAAGCGCCUUCGUGGGCGGGAGGGGGCGGAUGAGAGUGAGCUGAAGGUGUACGCCGCAGUGCGGGCCGAACUGGAGUCGCUCCUGCAGUCCCACAAGGAGCUGCAGGAGACGCGGCGGCAGGAGCAGCAGAAGUGCAGGAGCGACGCCGAGGAGGCGCAGCGGCGGCUGGAGGCGCAGCAACGACGCUUCACGGAGCUGCAGGGCGAGUGUGACCAGCUGUCCCGCACCGCGAAGGAAGGGGAGGAAAAGAUGGGGCACGUCACCGCGGAGCUGGCCUACCUCACCCGACAGGUGCAGCAGUUUGUGGAGGAGGUGCGGCGCCGGGUGAGCUCGUUGCCCGUGGAGGGCCUCACCCGCGGCGGCAGCGGCCCCGCGCCGGGGGACGGCGACGCCAGGCAAACCGUCAAGGCCGCUUUGGCCGACGCCUGGGACUCGGUCGACGCGGUGUGCGUCUGUCUGCGCACGGCGCAUGCCUCGAUGAACCACAUGGCGCGGGAGCAGCUAUGGCAGCGCAACGCGUUGGUGUCGAAGGUCAUGCAGGAGCUCGAGGCGGCGGCGCGAGGGGCCGUGUCGGAGGAGGAGGCGGCCGCGCGUGAGGCGAUAUACACCCGGCGGCAGGACAAGUUGCACGGGCUCAGCAAACAGGCGGAGUGUGCGCUGCGGCAGGAGGCGCAGGCGGAGCUCGCAGGGGCGCGGCGUAGGCUGCUGCUGCAGGAGCUGUCGCACGACGCCGUCGCCGCGGAACUGCGGCGCCACGUGGCGGAGCUCAAAGAGCGCCUGCAGGCCGCACUGGAGGGCUACGACGUGCUGCAGCAGCAACACCAGGCCGGCAUGGCGAUGCUGAGAGAGACGCUUCUGCAGGAGAUAUGGCAGUUGCGGGAGGGGAUGUCGCAGUUGCAUGGACAACACGCGGCGGCGGCGGCGGCGGCGCAGCAACGCCUACGGGAGUCCGAGCUGCAGCGGUUGCAGGAGCAGCACACGUUGACGUUGCGGGAGGUGGUGGAGAAGUCUGCGGCAGAGUACAACGCGCGGCAGUUGAUCUGGCAGGAGCGUAUAGCGAAACUCGACGAUAGACUCCGUGGACUCACGGCGCUGACGCAUGCCGCACGCACAGAAAUGAACGAACUGCGCGCCAAAAAUGCGGCGGUGUGUAGUGAUCUGCGCACCUCGCGCACGCUGGCCAAAGAGGCCCAGUGCGAGGUGCUCCUGCGGUACGAGACCCAGCUGCGUGAAAACUUGAUAGAGUCAGAGAAUGGGCAACGUGAGAGCCUUCUGGCGAGGGCAGCGGACCACCGUGGGGCAUUUUCCACAGUCGCAGAAGUAACGGCUAAACUGCGCCUCGUCGUCUCACUCUACGCGGCAGCCGCGGAGGAGACGGCGCAGCGCUUCGUGAUCGUGUCGGAUGCCUGGGCCACAUCUCCCGUUAUGGCGUGCGAGCAGGCUCUGCAUGAGCUGCGGCUGCAGGAAAUGGGGCGGCAGGUCCCGAAGGCGCCUUGCUCUUCCCUCCCCGCAUCACUGGCGGAGAUGCGGACGCGGCUGCGGGAACUGCGGCAAGAGGCCUCGGGCGUGCCGCGGUGUCUGCAUGACAUGCAGCAGGAGCAGGCGCGGCUCUUCGCCUCCGCGCUGGAGGACGCCCAGCAGCUGGAGUUGUCGUGGGCGAAGUCCACGGCGCCGCGCCGUGAGGAGGGGCAGCAGCAGCAGGAGGAGGAGGAGGAGGGGCGGGCAAAGGCGACCAUACGGACGGUGAUGGAGAUGCUCAUAGCGGCGGAGCAGGCAACGGAGAGCCUCUACUCAUGCGGCUUAUGCAUGCAGUUGUACCGCAGUCCUGUGACGUGUGUGCCGUGCGGCCACACGUUUUGUGAGUCCUGCCUCCUGCUGCAGCCGGAGAACAAACUGCGCACGAAGAAUAGCGCGUGGUACUGCCCGGAGUGUGCGCUGCGGCCCUGCAACCUGCUGGUGCGUGUACGCGCCCUCGAGACGCUCUCUGGCAACUUUCUCUUCCGAAAGAAGGGGAUGGAGGAGCUGCAGCGCGCUUUCGAUUCCCUGAGGGCGUGCUGA